GUCCUGAAAGGCUGUAAGAAGCUGGCCAUGUCAGUGUGUUCAGUGGGCCGUAUCCCUGGGGGGUAUGUCACCAACCACAUGUAUGCCUGGGUGGACCCUCAGGGCCGCAGUGUGUCCCCUCCCUCCGACCUAGAGCAGCAGGAGCAGCAAAGCACCCUGGGACCACAACACAGCCAGAGACGUACAGGACACACACAGGAGACGCUUGAGAAGACGGUGAGUGGAUUGAAUACCUCAGAGAAUCUAAAACAUAUUUUCUCUCAGUUGUUUCAAUAUGGCUGACAUAGCGGUCAAAUGGCCACUCAUGUUUGACAACACACAACUAAUGGAGGGGGUGAACAGGAGAAGGAGGAGGAAGAGAAAGAGGAGGAGGAGGAGGAAGAGGAGGAGGAGGAAGAUGAGGAGGAAGAGGAGGAGGAGGAGGAGGAGGAGGAGGAGGAGGAGGAGGAGGAGGCAGAAAUCGACGUGGAGCCUCACUGAGCUCUCCAUUUACCCAGGCAGCAUCACAAAUGGCACCCUAUUCCCUAUGUAGUGCACUACUUUUGACAAGAACCCCAUGGGCCCUGGUCUAAGUAGUGAUCUAAUUUAUAUAGUGAAUAAGGUGCCAUUUGGGGUGCAGCCCAGCCCUGUGCUUUCCUCUGCUCUGUCCGGUACCGCUCUCAUCUAUUGAUGUGAGACUGCAUCGUCAGCGCCACAGACCAGCCAGGCAGCCGGGGUACGGUACAAAGCUUUGCACAGCACUGCAGAUUUAAAAGGAAACUAAGAUGAUGGCCAAACUCAGCCCAAGGAUCUUAAAAACAGAUUUACAUUCAGUAAAUAAACUGUGGGAAUAGUCAAGGGCUACGGGAGCUAAUUUAAUCCUGCAGAACAUUUCUAACUGUUUAUUUUUCUCUGUAUUUGGGUGAGAUUCAGAUAGCCUGAGAUGUUAAAUGUAAUAAAAGUGACAGUGAUAUAGUCUUAAAUGGCAUCCUAUUCUCUAUGUACUACAGUCAUGGUCAAAAGUUUUGAGAAUGACACAAGUAUUGGUCUUCACAAAGUUUGCUGCUUCAGUGUUUUUAGAUAUUUUUGUCAGAUGUUACUAUGGUAUACUGAAGUGUAAUUACAAGCAUUCCAUGUGUCAAAGGCUUUAUUGACAAUUACAUUAAGUUUAUGCAAAGAGUCAAUAUUUGCAGUGUUGACCCUUCUUUUUCAAGACCUCUGCAAUCCGCCCUGGCAUGCUGUCAAUUAACUUCUGGGCCACAUCCUGACUGAUGGCAGCCCAUUCUUGCAUAAUCAAUGCUUGGAGUUUGUCAGAAUUUGUGGGGUUUUGUUUGUCCUCCCGCCUCUUGAGGAUCGACCACAAGUUCUCAAUGGGAUUAAGGUCUGGGGAGUUUCCUGGCCAUGGACCCAAAAUCUCGAUGUUUUGUUCCCCGAGCCACUUAGUUAUCACUUUUGCAUUAUGUCAAGGUGCUCCAUCAUGCUGGAAAUCGUCACCAAACUGAUCAUGGCUGUGUUCUUAGGCAAAAUUGUGAGUGAUCCCACUCCCUUGACUGAGAAGCAACCGCACACAUGAAUGGUCUCAGGAUGCUUUACUGUUGGCAUAACACAGGACUGAUGGUAGCGCUCACCUUGUCUUCUCCUGACAGGCUUUUUUCCGGAUGCCCCAAACAAUCGGAAUGACUUUACCCCAGUCCUCAGCAGUCUAAUCCCGGUACCUUUUGCAGAAUAUCAGUCUGUCCCUGAUGUUUUUCCUGGAGAGAAGUGGCUUUCUCGAUGCCCUUCUUGACACCAGGCCAUCCUCCAAAAGUCUUCGCCUCACUGUGCGUGCAGAUGCACUCACACCUGCCUGCUGCCAUUCCUGAGCAAGCUCUGCAUUGGUGGUGCCCCGAUCCCGCAGCUGAAUCAACUUUAGGAGAUGGUCCUGGCGCUUGCUGGACUUUCUUGGGCGCCCUGAAGCCUUCUUCACAACAAUUGAACCUCUCUCCUUGAAGUUCUUGAUGAUCCGAUAAAUGGUUGAUUUAGGUGCAAUCUUACUAGCAGCAAUAUCCUUGCCUGUGAAGCGCUUUUGUGCAAAGCAAUGAUGACGGCACGUGUUUCCUUGCAGGUAACCAUGGUUAACAGAGGAAGAACAAUGAUUUCAAGCACCACCCUCCUUUUAAAUCUUCCAGUCUGUUAUUCUAACUCAAUCAGCAUGACAGAGUGAUCUCCAGCCUUGUCCUCGUCAACACUCUCACCUGUGUUAACGAGAGAAUCACUGACAUGAUUUCAGCUGGUCCUUUUGUGGCAGAGCUGAAAUGCAUUGGAAUUAUUUUUUGGGGGAUUAAGUUCAUUUUUAUGGCAAAUAGGGACUUUGCAAUUAAUUGCAAUUCAUCUGAUCACUCUUCAUAACAUUCUGGAGUAUAUGCAAAUUGCCAUCAUAAAACCUGAGGCAGCAGACUUUGUGAAAAUUAAUAUUUGUGUCAUUCUCAAAACUUUUGACCACGACUGGGCCUUUAUCCCUGGUCAAAAGUAGUGCACUAUGUAGGGAAUGGGAUGCUAUUUGGGACGAAGCCCCUGUUAGUACUAUAUCUCAGCCCAGGCCCCAGGCCCCAGGCCCCAGGCCCCCAUACAGGGUAUGAUGAUGUGUUGCUAGUCUUCAGGCGGAGCCAGGGGACGUGAAUCUCGGCCAAUGGAGAGUCAGGUCUUUAAUUUGGGACUCCUCCCUCUGGGCAUCUAGCCUCAUGUGUAGGAGGGAAUGGUUGAUGUUACCUCUGCACCUUUGAUAUAUACAGUAAUUUGUAAAGCAAGGGUGCUCGGACAUUCUUUAUGUUGCAUACUUAAAAUAAUUGGGUACCAUUUGGGAUGCACACUGUCACUUCCAGGAUGUCUGGUGACUGCCCUCUCUGUCUGUCCCUGAAGGUGAACCUGAACCUGGACGAUGGUCUCUCUCUGGGCCUGAUGAUCAGGGGAGGGGCGGAGUAUGGCCUGGGUAUCUUCAUCACUGGAGUAGACCCCGGCUCGGCUGCAGACCACGGGGGACUCAAGGUAUUAACAGAUUAUUACCAUGCAUAUCCUAUUGAAAUUGUUUCACCCCACCACAGCGACUAAAAUGCAACCACAAGGUUCAGACACCGCGAAGCAGAGGGGGUAAGAGUCUUCUGUGGUCUAUGUCGCUGUGUCGAAACCUGGCAGACACCUUUUAAUUGACUAAAAUAUAAAAACGUACAAAACGUCGGUCAUUGCACUCUAUUAUUUUAUUUAGUCUGCUGUUUUCUUCAACUCAGAUGACUGAAGCAGGACUAGUGUGCUUGUAAACAGCAUGACUGAAUCAUGGCACCAUUGUAUCAUGGCAUGGCUGGGUUCGGAAAGAGAUCUGGCAGGUAUCUAUCUCACUAAACCCCAGUUCAAACAUGCCAUCCCCCUUAGGAGGACAAAUCUUCUCCCAGAAACAGAGCUAUAAAAAAACAACAGAAAGCCACACUAAAUCUAAGCCUGGUCUCUUGAAAGAUUUGACAUUUUGGCAGAGUUUCUUUGACAGAGAGAUGAAGAGAUGAAGGCUGUGUUGUGCUCUCUAGCUGGCUGUGGCAGGGGGAGGCAGGGACUGAGGCCAGGCACGCUAGCAGCUGAGUGUUAGGGCUGUGUCACAAAUGGUACCCUAUUCCCUAUAUAGUGCACUAAUAGUGUGCCAUAUGCACUGAGUGUACAAAGCAUUAAGAACACCUCCCUCCCAUUUGCCCUCAGAAUAGCCUCAAUUCGUCAGGGCAUGGACUGUACAAGGUGUGGAAAGCGUUCCACAGGGAUGCUGGCCCAUGUUGACUCCACUGCUUCCCACAGUUGUGUCAAAUUGGCUGGAUGUCCUUUGGGUGGUGUACCAUUCUUGAUACACAAGGGAAACUGUUGAGCAUGAAAAACCCAGCAGCGUUGCAGUUCUUGACACAAACCAAUGCGCCCAUUCACCCUCACAAUCCAUGUCUCAAUUGUCUCAAGGCUUAAAAAUCCUUCUUUAACCUGUCUCCUCCCCUUCAUCUACACUCAGUGUAGUGCAUGAAUAGGGUGCCAUUUUGGAUGGAGACUAGGGCUCCGGGGCCAAUGCUACUCACAAUGACAGCGGAGGCUGGUGAGAGGAGGACGCCUCAUAGGAAUGUCUGGAAUGGAAUUGGUGCAAUGGUAUCAAACACGUGGUUUGGUGUGUUUCAUACUGUUCCAUUCAUUCCGUUCCAGACAUUUCUAUAAGCACAUCUUCCGAUUAAUGUGCCACUAGCCACCACUGGAUGACAACCUGGACUGUCCGUGGCAGAGUGAGUGAUAUUGACAUUAGAGGAGGAAGUAGGUAAAGAGGCUGUCUGUUCCCCUCAGGAGGCCGUCUCUGUUUGCCUUUACCUCUCUCCCUCUCUCUCUCUGUUUUCACUCCCUCUGUCCAUCUCUCAUGUCCCUUGUCCUCUUUCUUCCCAGGAUUUCCCAGACUCCCAAAAACGUUUAGUUUUUUGCCCUAGCACUACACAGUGGAUUCAAAUAAUCAACUAAUCAUCAAGCUUUGAUCAUUUGAAUCAGCUGUGUAGUAUUAGGGCAAAAACCAAAACGUGCACCCCUUAGUGUCCCGAGGACCGAGUUUGGGAAACGCUGCCUCUACCGCUCUCUUACCUCAGCCUGGUGAACACUGACUUGAGGCCUGUCUGUCUGCUACCUCUGAGAUAUAUCAGUGGGAAACACGUAAAGCUGUAUGGGGUUGCGGGCAUUAAUUAGGAGAUUUAUUAAUUAAAGUUUUACCUCUUACUGCCUUGAAUACAAAUCGUGUUUACUGAUAGUGGGCUUAGUUUAUGAAUAUCUGUUCUAAGGAGAAAAGGAAAGGGCUGAGGUUUAAAAUGAAUAAAACACACACACACACACACACACACACACACACACACACACACACACACACACACACACACACACACACACACACACACACACACACACACACACACACACACACACACUGACAGCUGUAAAGUAUGAAUGCUAAUCUAUUACUGCACCACUCUGAUAGAUACAGCUGAAAUAAUUCCAUUGCUCAUUUGGCUUAAUAGUGUAACACAGUUUGUCCAUUAAUGAUUAUGCCAUGUCUCAGAACGUGGCUAUGAAUGCAUAACUUGAUACGCAUAUGUAUCCAUAAGACCAGUGGUGUAGUGGAGGGCAAACACAGUUUGACCACUUUUUUUUUUGCUCGACAAUUCACCCAAGAAAAAGUAUUGAAAGGAUAGGGAGUGUUACUUUUUUCAUCAUGACCAGCGAUCAGAGUUUUCACAGCUAUUGUUUUUUACCACUACAUCAAUGCAUAAGAUGAAAUGACAUGAAUCACUCCUAAAACCAUCCAAUUAGACACAGGUUAAUGUUCUAAAUAUAACCCGUUGGUUAUAAAUGGAUGAAGUGAUGCAUAGCCCUGUGAAUGAUGUGUUAGAGAAAUACUCUUGAGAAGCAGGGACAUACAAUGUUAGCAUGGUCAAGCAGACUGAAUGCUGUGCUCAUGUCUUUAUACGUGCAAUGAACCAGCAUGUGAGCUAGCAAGAUCAGGCUGGUUUAAUGAGGCUAAUUCAAGGUUGCUCUUUGGAUUCAAGGCCUUUUCUGGAGUUCUUUUGCAGAAGCUAAGAGAAACCGCUCCUCUCCUGUCCUGUCCUGUCCUCUCCUGUCCUCUCCUCUCCUGUCACUCUCCUGUCCACUCCCGUCCACUCCUGUCCACUCCUGUCCUGUCCUCUCCUCUCCUGUCACUCUCCUGUCCACUCCCGUCCACUCCCGUCCACUCCUGUCCUGUCCACUCCUGUCCUGUCCUGUCCUGUCCUCUCCUGUCCUCUCCUCUCCUGUCACUCUCCUGUCCACUCCUGUCCACUCCUGUCCUGUCCACUCCUGUCCUGUCCUGUCCUGUCCUCUCCUGUCCUCUCCUCUCCUGUCACUCUCCUGUCCACUCCCGUCCACUCCUGUCCUGUCCUCUCCUGUCCUCUCCUCUCCUGUCACUCUCCUGUCCACUCCCAUCCACUCCUGUCCUGUCCACUCCUGUCCUGUCCUCUCCUGUCCACUCCCGUCCACUCCUGUCCACUCCUGUCCUGUCCACUCCUGUCCUGUCCUCUCCUGUCCUCUCCUGUCCUCUGACAGGAGGUAAACUAAACUCCACUAAAUACAUCCUAUUAGUCAUCCAAUCACUGAGGAGCAAUAAGACACCGUCAAACCAUCCAGGUGUCAGCCCUGUAACGAGGACCUCUAUCAGCCAAUCUGGAUCCAGCUGUUGUCCGCUGGGUGCCCUGACAUGGCCUUUAAUUAGUGUCGCUCCCCUGCGGGGAUCGGUCCAGCCUCCAGCCCUUCCUUUCCCUUUCUUUCAACAGGCCAGCCCAGUGAUGUGUCUGUCUGUCGCUUCUCAUCCACAGAUACGCGCCAGUGUCUUGUCUCUUUGGCUAGCGAUGGGACAGGACCCUCUGAAAAAGAACAUUUAGUGUCUUUGGGAGAUUAUCCAUUUGCUCUACCGGUGUCCUUUAUGGCUACUCUCUCUCAGGCCACACACCAUCUAAAGUCAGCCAACUGUCUCGGCUGCCCAAAAUAGCAGCCUGCCCUUUUAGUCUGCAUUGAACUAUCUAUUAUUCUCUCUCUCUCUCUCUCUCUCUCUCUCUCUCUCUCUUCUCUCUCUCUCUCUCUCUCUCUCACUCCUCUCUCUCAAAAAAACAAUCUCCUCUCGCCUCUCUCCUCGCUUCUCUCUCUCUCUCUCUCUCUCUCUCUCUGAUCUCUCUCUCUCUCUCUCUCUCUCUCUCUCUCUCUCUCUCUCUCUCUCGCUCUCUCUCUGAGAAAGCACAAGAACAUUGUGUAUGAACAAUUGCUCCUCUCCUCUCAAUCUCGUCUGACACAUAACCGUCUCAGAUGAUCAAUGAAACAGCCACUUGGAUAUGACGGUUCAAUCUAUCGACUUUGAGCAUUUGAGUUCCAGUACGCUGGAGGGGUCCCAUAUUGUCACAGAGUAAGCAUUACAGAGGCAGGGGGUUUGGGGGGACACAGACCGUGGGUGCGUCCCAAAUGGUACCCUAUUCCCUUUAUAGUGCACUACUUUUGAGCAGAGCCCUACAGUAACACUCUCCCCUCCAGUGGCUGCAGCUCAAGAGACCUCGGCUGGGGGGUGUAAAUCUGGCCCUCUCACCCUCACUCCCUCUCUCCCCUCUUACCCUCCCAUCCCUCCCUCCACUCUCCCUCCACUUCAAUGAGUUAUGGAGGUUCACUCAAGCUGAUUCUUCCUCUGAAUGUAAAUGCAUUAGUGUUGGGAGGGAGGGAGGGAGGGAGAGAGAGGAGGGAAGCAGUCAAUAACUAAUUCCCCUCUUUACUUCCUCUUGUGGAAAGAGAAAAGGCCAAUGGAAGAGGUUCAGUAAUGCCAUGGUGUCUUGUCAGCUUCUCCUGUGUUUAGACCAACUCACUCUUUUUUUCUUCUUUUUUAAGGAGUGGGAAAAGAAAACAUCCUUUCGUAUGUUUUAUGUCUGCUGGAUAGAAUAGAGAGAUCAAUAGGCAGCUGGGAGAGAGCUAGACCACCCCAGACCACUCAGGUGACCAACUCAUCCUGGUACUCUGAGAAGACCAGCAUAAGACUUGAUGGAAAAACAACAUUGAUACACUCCAAUCUAUAUGAAUUUAAUUUCUAUUAGAUACUAGUCACGUUACAUAAUGAUACUACUAAUUACUAUUGUAUCCUUGUAGAUCGGUAGAUCAUGUUUUGCUUACUAAUAAUUAUCAAGCUCAAAUCAAAGCUUAACUGCUUCUCAUAAAUGUCUAACAGGAAGAAUAUGGAAGGGCAUAAAAAAUUGUAAAUCACCAUGUCUGUCAAGUGUUUUGUUUGUGCAUUAGAAGAAUGAAUAGGCUGGGAGAUAAUCAUUGAUUGUUUUUCCACGGUGUUGUGUUCUAAGAAGACAAGGUUUUAUGAAUGAUGUUCCUUCUAUAGAUUUGGCCUCUCACUAUCAGUGAUAUCCUCCUUUCAGCAUUUUCUGUUUUCAUUACUAACCAUAGAUGGAUCCUACUCGGUUUAGGGCACAAGUCAAUCAAACCAAAUUGCUGUCUUUCUCUAGUAGUUCCUUAGCCUGGUGAAACCAGCCUAAUCUUGCAAAAGCUCACAUGCUGUUUCACUUUACGUAUGAAGUGAAAUGAAAGUUGAGCGCAGCGGUCAUUCUGCUUGACCAGGCUAGUAUCUCCUGUUCCCAUGGUGGAAUAAAACCACAGAUUGUUUCUAGAAUAAGAAGUGUGUGUGUGUGAGGGCAGUAGUUAGUCAAUAAAGAAACUGCGUAGCCUACACAUCGCUGUGGCGGGUUCGAGUGCGCUAUGUUCUGCUUCAGUGUAGGUUGUGUUAAUGCCUGAACCUUGAGCUGCAGCUAUCAGAAUGUCUGCUCUGCUCUCUCCUGAAUACUGGCCUUGACUGUUGGAAUGACAUUCACUGUUCAAGACUAUCAGGAAAAGCCAUGGCACUUGUGUGUGUGUGUGUGUGUGUGUGUGUGUGUGUGUGUGUGUGUGUGUGUGUGUGUGUGUGUGUGUGUGUGUGUGUGUGUGUGUGUGUGUGUGUGUGUGUGUGUGUAUCAGUGCCUGUCUGAAUACACCACCUCUCUACCAGUGCACCCACCCUCUCCUCUCUGUGUGUUCAGGUGGGCGACCAGCUGCUGGAGGUGAAUGGGCGGAGCUUCAUGGCCAUCCUCCAUGACGAGGCGGUGAGGAUCCUGAAGACGUGUCGCCACCUGCUGGUGAGGGUGAGGGACGUUGGCCGCCUCCCCCAUGCCCGCACCGUGGUGGACCAGACCAAAUGGAUGAGCGGCCCCAGCCCACCUCCCAUAACAGAGAGCACCGCCAGCCCAUGCAUUACACAGUGAGUUAGCGCAAACAGGCACAACAUUGGCAAUAUCUUUGAGAAUUCUAUGGGUGUAUCUCAAAUGGCGCCCUAUUCCCUAUAUAGUGUUUUACUUUUGACCAGUUCCCAAUGGGUCAUUUGAGAUGCAUCCUAUGAGAGCGAUGAUAUUUUUGUUUUUUCAGCGAAAAGGCCAUGCUGAAGGACUAGUGAAAACUCCUUCCUCUGUUUAUGUUAAAUUCCCUUUAAAAACCAAACGUCCUUGGAAUGUACAAUGCACAAUGGCCUCGACGUUUCACCUUUAAUGUAACAGAGAUGUAGUAUGUUUGACGCUUUGAUCAUGGAAUGAUAUUUGCAUUCAAUCAGUAAUUUCUUAUUUGAGCAUAAAGAAUGUCUUAGGGCCUAUUCCCUAUAUAGUUUGUUACUUUUGACCAGGGCUGUGGUCAAAAGUAGUACACUAUAUAGGGUAUAGGGUACCAUUUGGGAUGCAGCCAUUCUGUUUGGUGAAAUCAAUUAUAUUCUACCGGGUGACGUGAAGAUUAGCAACUGAAUUUAAUAUUUUUUCGAUUACAAGCCAGCCACCAUAGAAGCAAUACAUAGAAUGAUCACGUAACGAGGUAACAUAAUGAAAUGACCAUUGAAUCUCUGACCAAUGUCAUUAUUCUUCUACUGCUGUCAGUGCUUUCUCAUGUGACCGACUGACUGACUGACUGACUGACUGACUGACUAAUGUGAGGCAGAAUACGUUCAGCUCAUUGUUGGAGGAGACUAAGGUUCCUUCACUCUGAGAAUACGUUCAGCUCAUUGUUGGAGGAGACUAAGGUUCCUUCACUCUGAGAAUACGUUCAGCUCAUUGUUGGAGGAGACUAAGGCUCCUUCACUCUGGAUUUGACAGUGAUGUGGCAGGCUGCUCAGUCCCACAGAGAGCUGUCUCUCUCUACCUCCUUCCCUCUGUCUAUCUGUCUGUCUCUACCUCCUUCCCUCUUUCUAUCUGUCUCUCCCUCCUUCCCUCUGUCUGUCUGUCUGUCUGUCUGUCUGUCUGUCUGUCUGUCUGUCUGUCUGUCUGUCUGUCUGUCUGUCUGUCUGUCUGUCUGUCUGUCUGUCUGUCUGUCUGUCUGUCUGUCUGUCUGCCUGCCUGCCUGUCUGUCUGUCUGUCUGUCUGUCUGCCUGCCUGCCUGUCUGCCUGUCUGUCGGCCUGCCUGUCUGCCUGUCUGUCUGUCUGUCUGUCUGUCUGUCUGUCUGUCUGUCUGUCUGUCUGUCUGUCUGUCUGUCUGUCUGUCUGUCUGUCUGUCUGUCUGCCUGUCUGCCUGUCUGUCGGCCUGCCUGUCUGCCUGUCUGUCUGUCUGUCUGUCUGUCUGUCUGUCUGUCUGUCUGUCUGUCUGUCUGUCUGUCUGUCUGUCUGUCUGUCUGUCUGUCUGUCUGUCUGUCUGUCUGUAUGUCUGUAUGUCUGUCUCUGUCUCUGUCUCUGUCUCUCUCUGUCUCUAAUGGAGGCUGGCUGAUAGAGAGUCCUAGGAGGUAUACAUUUCCCUUCAGCUCCUUUAGAAAUCAAGCAAGUGGCUUUAAGUCCUACACUUCAUUAAACACACGUUGCUUGCGUUCCGAAUAAUACUCUAUUCCCUAUACAGUAUAGUGCACUACUUUUGAGCAGGGCCCUGUGUAGAGAAUAGGGUGCCAUUUGGGACGCAUCUGUAGGCUUCUUUCCGCCUGAGGCAUAGGGAGCUCUGCCGCCAGGUCUCCCUGGGUUGUUCUCAUGGCCAGACCAUACACAUUUCAAAGUCAGUUGUGUUUGGGUGUUUUUUGUGUUAUUGUAAAAUGGGAUUUAUGUCAGUGGUUAAUAAUGGGAGCAUCUUUCAUGUUCUACUGUUUUUGUUGCAGGCCAUCUUCAGCGCGGGCCACACCUGUAUUAGGAAAGGUAAGUCAAAUUCUACUAUAUACUUAUACACUGAGUGUACAAAACAUUAAGAACACCUUCCUAGUAUUGAGUUGCACCCUCCCCCCUUUUGCCCUCAGAACAGCCUCAAUUCGUCGGAGCAUGGACUCUACAAGAUGUCGAAAGCGUUCCGCAGGGAUGCUGGCCCAUGUAGACUCCAAUGCUUCCCACAGUUGUGUCAAGUUGGCUAGAUGUCCUUUGGGUGGUGAACCAUUCUUGAUGCACACAGGAAACUGUUGAGUGUGAAAAACCCAGCAGUGUUGCAGUUCUUGACACAACCGGUGCUCCUGGCACCUACUACCAUACUCCGUUUAAAGGCACUUAAAUAUUUGGUCUUGGCCACUCACCAUCUGAAUUGCACACAUACACAAUCCAUGCCUCAAUUGUCUCAAGGCUUAAAAAUCCUUCUUUAACCUGUCUCCUCCCCUUCAUCUACACUGACUGAAGUGGAUUUAACAAGUGACAUCAAUAAGGGAUCAUAUCUUUCACCUGGAUUCACCUGGUCAGUCUAUGUCAUGGAAAGAGCAGGUGUCCUUAAUGUUUUGUACACUCAGUGUAUACUUAAGCAAUAAGGCCCGAGGGGGUGUGGUAUAUGGCCAAUAUACUACGGCUAAGGGCUGUUCUUAUGCACGACGCAACACAGAGUGCCUGGAUACAGCCCUUAGCCGUGGUAUAUUGGCCAUAUAUCACAAACACCUGAGGUGCCUUAUUGCUUUUAUAAACUGGUUACAAAUGUAAUUAGAGCAGUAAAAAUAAUUGUUUUGUCAUACCUGUGGUAUACGGUCUGAUACUGUAUACCACAGCUGUCAGCCAAUCAGCAUUCAGGGCUUGAACCACCCAGUUUAUAGUCUAUCCUGUACUACUUGAUACUACUAUAUCCUCAUUGAUACAUAGAACUAGAAUAUUAGAGGGUUGAUCAGAACUGACCACACUAAAGGCCUUUUAGACUGAUAGUUCACUAUCUUCAGAUUCAAUCUUGAUCUUCUAGGACCAUUAACCUCAGCAUCACACAUGAACUGCACAGGCUGCGUCCCAAAUGGAAGCUCAGGGUUCUGGUCAAAAGUAGUGCAAUAUUAGGGAAUAGGGUGCUAUAUGGGAUGCACGUCAGCAGCAAAUGCAGAGAAAUGGAAAGCAGUAUGAUUUACUGGAAGAGAAGAGAGAGAGGCAUUUUGCGGCCCUUUUGAUUGGAAAAUCAAUACUGCAGAUUGUAUCCAACCAUGAAGAGCUGUGACUGGAGUUACAGGGCUGGCUCUAUGCUGUCUCACCGUUUUAUGCUUUUGUCACCGUUAAGGAAGAAUUGAAGAAACCAUGAAGGGUUGGGUGCUCUAUGUGUAGUAUUUUACCAUUUAACAGUCAAGGAUAGCUGUCGCCCGAUGUAGUUAUUAUAUAGCUCUGGCUAUGUUGAUACUCAUAGGUUGGAGAUAAAGAGGGAUAUAAGGAGGAGAAAUAGGAGAGAAAAGAGAGAGAAAGAAGAUAGGAAGAGAGAGAUCGAGAAGAGAGCAGGAAUAGAAAGAGAGAGGAAGAGAGAGUAGAUGAAGAGAAGAGUAGGAGAAGAGAGAGAGAGAGAAGAGAGAGAGACGACGGGAGAGUAGUAUGCGGAGUAGAACUGAGUAUGUUCGAGUAGAGAGAUUAUCGACGUCUAUGUACUCUUAUGAGAUCUAUGUCUAUCCCUUAUCUCAUCUGCUACGUCUUCCUCUCUCUUCUCCUAUUAUCUCUCUCUCUCUAUCUCUCUUCUCUCUCUCUCUCUAUCGUCUCUCUCUCUCUCUCUCUCUCUCUACUCACUCUCUAUCUCCCUCUAUUUCUUAACAACUGAGACACUGAAGUGAAGAGGAAAUUCAACAAUUCUCCUUUAAAUUCUGGCCUUCUUCACGGGCUGAAAGUGUUGGUUUUAGCAAUAAAGAAGCCUUUUUAUCAAGAUCCACUGUCCUCCAAGAGUUUCUGAAUUUCCUCUUCACUUCAGUGGAACAUCCAUGACCUCAUCGUUAGCUGAACACACUGAUCGAUCCUGUCAAGGGACAGGAAGUGACAGCCGUCUGGCCAGAUGCCAUCACCAUGGCGACACAAAGUCAGCUCUCGUCAAUAAAAGAGGGAAGAGGGAAUAGAGGAAGAGCACGGACUGUCCUUCGUUAGUGGUCCAUAAUUAAUUGAAGGGGAACACUGAGCAUCUAAACUCAUGAUCGAGGAAAUGCUGCAUUCCCCAUUCACCCAUACAUCACUGUCGGAAACCCUCAAACCUCAUUAACAUUCAGUAUUUAUAAAGUUGAAUACAGAGAAAUGCAAUGCAACUGAUGACGUGGAAUUGAUACAGGUUACGGCAAUUUUACCUUUAGGAUAAGCAGUGUAUUUAUCAGCUGGGAUACAGUAUGUAGAUUGAGUUGAUCCGUUUCUUUUGGAGACCCUGAGGUUUUCACCCUGUGAACUUGAUGGUUGAGCAAGUCUACGCUCGAAGCUUUCGUUGUUAUUAUGCUUUACCUUGUACUGCUGUGAGUACAGAGUGCAGUAUACCUGUGUUCCAGUCAAGAUCCUAACAGAGUGCUGUAUACCUGUGUUCCAGUCAGGAUCCUAACAGAGUGCUGUAUACCUGUGUUCCAGUCAGGAUCCUAACAGAGUGCUGUAUACCUGUGUUCCAGUCAGGAUCCUAACAGAGUGCUGUAUACCUGUGUUCCAAUCAGGAUCCUAACAGAGUGCAGUAUACCUGUGUUCCAGUCAAGAUCCUAACAGAGUGCUGUAUACCUGUGUUCCAGUCAGGAUCCUAACAGAGUGCUGUAUACCUGUGUUCCAGUCAGGAUCCUAACAGAGUGCUGUAUACCUGUGUUCCAGUCAAGAUCCUAACAGAGUGCUGUAUACCUGUGUUCCAGUCAAGAUCCUAACAGAGUGCUGUAUACCUGUGUUCCAGUCAGGAUCCUAACAGUGUGCUGUAUACCUGUGUUCCAGUCAGGAUCCUAACAGAGUGCUGUAUACCUGUGUUCCAGUCAAGAUCCUAACAGAGUGCUGUAUACCUGUGUUCCAGUCAGGAUCCUAACAGAGUGCUGUAUACCUGUGUUUCAGUCAGGAUCCUAACAGAGUGCUGUAUACCUGUGUUCCAGUCAGGAUCCUAACAGAGUGCUGUAUACCUGUGUUCCAGUCAGGAUCCUAACAGAGUGCUAUAUACUUGUGUUCCAGUCAGGAUCCUAACAGAGUGCUGUAUACCUGUGUUCCAGUCAGGAUCCUAACAGAGUGCUGUAUACUUGUGUUCCAGUCAGGAUCCUAACAGAGUGCUGUAUACCUGUGUUACAGUCAGGAUCCUUACAGAGCGCUGUAUACCUGUGUUCCAAUCAGGAUCCUAACAGAGUGCUGUAUACCUGUGUUCCAGUCAGGAUUCUUAAAGAGCGCUGUAUACCUGUGUUCCAGUCAGGAUUCUUAAAGAGUGCUGUAUACCUGUGUUCCAGUCAGGAUUCUUAAAGAGCGCUGUAUACCUGUGUUCCAGUCAGGAUCUCCUGAGGAGCCUUGCAGAGUACCCCCAUGGUGAUGAUGAGAGGCAGGGUUCAAUAACAGACAGCCUUGACACUCCCAAUCACCCACUCACACACACACAGACACACACACACACACAAACACACACACACACACACACACACACACACACACACACACACACACACACAUACACACAAACUCAGUUGUCAUAAAAGCACCUGGAGACACAUGGGACCACCACUGCACAGAAAAGGAACAAGGUGGGCACAGGAGUGUGUGCGUGUGCACACGUGUGGGUGUGUGUGUAAUGUGUGUGUGUGCGUGUGCGUGUGUGUGUGCAUGUGUGUGUGUGUGUGGGGGGGGGGGGGGGGGGGGGGGGUAAUUGACAGAGUCCAGGGCCCUCCGAGGGGAGUUGCUCCUGUCAGGACAGACUACUCUUCAAGGUUAUGUCUUUAAAUGCAGUAGGAGUUCUGGCAGCCAGAGAGAGGCUAAUGGCCCCUGAACCAAUAUCACACACAUACUCUCACACACACACACCAAUAUCUCACACCCUCUCCCACAACAUCAGCAGAGAACACCCUAUGCUGCCGCCCGUCGAGGAGCGAGGACUCAUGUUCAAUACAAAUUCUGCCUAACUCACAACAACUGUGAAAUGAUACAAGUACUAAAUAAAAUAAAAUAAAUUCCAAUUUUAUUGGUCACAUGCACAUUUUUUGCAGAUGUUAUUGCGGGUGUAGCGAAAUGCUUGUGUUCCUAGCACCAACAGUGCAGUAGUAUCUAACAAUUCACAACAAUAAACACAAAUCUAAAAGUAAAAGAAUGGAAUUAAGAAAUAUAUAAAUAUUAGGACGAGCAAUGUCAUAGUGGCGUUGACUAAAAUACAGUAGAAUAGAAUACAGUAUAUACUACUACAAACACAAACCCUGUCUGUUCUUCUUCUAACAUAGACCAACACGUUCAAACAAGCAGCAAUCUACCGCUUCUAAAAAGUGUUAUCUCAUCUUGUGAACAUUGCAGAUUUGUUUCCAAAGAGGGACAUCCUUUGUUAACUGUGUCCCAAAUGGCACCCUAUUCCCUAUAUAGUGUACUACUUUUGACCAGAGCCAACAGGGAAUAGGGUGCCAUUUAUGACACAUCCUCAUUGUCCCUAAUGCAUUCAGUCAGUCUGGCCUUCGGCUGUUGAAAUGGUACUCUGACCUGUAUUAAAUCAACAUGCCCUCACCACCCAUCUCCAAUUACAAACCUCAUUAGUUGCAGACCGACCAAAGGCACAGAGUUUGGACUCAUUCCUGAUGAAUAGAUGUUUAAUUUGAGUGAUGUUGUUGUAAGCGUUCUGUUGGCCUUCUACUGUCUACAAUGACAAUGGAAGAGAGAGAGAGAGAGAGAGAGAGAGAGAGAGAGAGAGGAGAGACGAGCGAGGGAGAGAGAGAGACGAGAGAGAGAGAGGAGAGAGAGAGAGAGAGAGAGAGAGAGAGAGAGAGAGAGAGAGAGAGAGAGAGAGAGAGAGAGAGAGAGAGAGAGAAGACAGAGAGAGGGAGAGAGAGAGAGAGAGAGAGAGGUGUUUUUUUCAGACAUUUUGUCAUUGAUGAUGCUGAACAUGUUUUCUCCACAGUGUUCACUGUCCUUCAUCAUACUGUAGCAGACUAGCAGUGUUUUCUCCACAGUUUUCCCUGUCCUUCAUCAUGCUGUAGCAGACUAGCAGUGAAGCAUGCGUUCAUCAUCAUCAACUCUCCUUCACACCUUUAUAGGCCUUCAACUGUAUUUCAGACCUGACAGGUAACCAUACAAGUAAGUGCUCUUCCACUGGAUGGAUUUCAUUGCAGAAUAUGGGAGCUCACAUAAACUCCACACGGUUGUGUUGGAAUGCUACCAUAGUAAAACCUGUAGGAUGACCUUUGGGAAAAAUUAAUGUCUUCUUUAUCAGAGCCGAGACCUGGCUCCCAAAUGGAAACCUAUUUCCUAUAUAGUGCACUCUUUUUGACCAGAGCAACAUUUCUCUGAGCUGAGCCUGAUAGUGGUGGUGGUGAGAGGUGUGCGGGGAGCAGAGAGGAUAGCUGACAAAUUCCCUCUGUAAUGUAGAGUAACAACAGUUGAUGCUUUGUUUCUGAGUCCCUAGCUACCUAUGUCAUUUUUCUCUUGACUCUCUGGGCCUGACCCCAUAUUUCUCCUCAUAGUGCUCCUGACAGUGGAUUUCACACUACACAAAGCUUUAACCUCUAACUCAUGGCACAUUCAUCCUCAACAAAAGUGUACUGCGGUAUAUCAUCAGAUAUUGCAAACAAAACUGUGGCAGAAAGAGUCCUCUGCUCACCCAUUUUAGAAUCAAUGGAACUGGAUCAUUUUGAAUGCCAUCAUUUUAACCAAUGGUAUUUAAGACUAACAUCCAUCAAUGGCUUGGUACUGGAUCUUCCUCAAUAUUCGAAGAUCCGGUCUAUUUAACGAGGGAAUAACCAUUUCAAGCUGUAGCUGAAUAACAGUGAUAAAAUUCUCAGGGCAAAACAAGUUAUUUGACUCACCCUUAUCCUGAUGACUUUAAAUUGGUUUCUACUGUUAGAGCUUUAAAGCCUGUUGGUGUGCUGUGGGUGGGAUGACUGAGAGCUGAGAAGAUACUGUAAUUUUGGUCCUGCAGAGAACAAUAGGUAACUGGCCACAUGAAAAAAUACUAUAGUUUACUAUGGUAUAAAUACUGUAGUUUUACUAUAUUUAUAUACUACACUGAGUGUACAAAACAUUAAUUGAACACUAAAUCUAAGCCUGGUCUCUUGAAAGAUUGAAUAUUUUGACAUUUUGUCAGAGUUUCUUUGACAGAUUAUGAAGAGAUGAAGGCUGUGUUGUGCUCUCUAGCUGGCUGUGGCAGGGGGAGGCAGGGACUGAGGCCAGGCACGCUAGCAGCUGAGUGUUAUGGCUGUGUCACAAAUGGUACCCUAUUCCCUAAUAGUGCACUAAUAGCGUGCCAUAUGCACUGAGUGUACAAAACAUUAAGAACACCUUCCUACUAUUGAGUUGCACCCUCUUUUGCUCCCAGAACAGCUUCAACUCGUCGGGGCAUGGACUCUACAAGGUGUCGAAAGCGUUCCGCAGGGAUGCUGGCCCAUGUUGACUCCAAUACUUCCCACAGUUGUGUGAAGUUGGCUGGAUGUCCUUUGGGUGGUGUACCAUUCUUGAUACACACAGGAAACUGUUGAGCAGGAAAAACCCAGCAGCAUUGCAGUUCUUGACACACACAAACCGGUGCGCCUGGCACCUACUACCAUACCCCGUUCAAAGGCACUGAAAUCUCUUGUCUUGCCCAUUCACCUUCUGAAUGGCACACAUACACAAUCCAUGUCUCAAUUGUCUCAAGGCUUUAAAAUCCUUAUUUAACCUGUCUCCUCCCCUUCAUCUACACUGAUUGAAGAGGAUUUAACAAGUUACAUCAAAUAAGGGAUUAGAGCUUUCAACUGGAUUCACCUGGUCAGUCUAUGUCAUGGAAAGAGCAGGUGUUCCUAAUGUUUUGUACACUCAGUGUAUAUUAUUUACUGUAGUAUAUUGUAGUAUUUAAUGUAGUGUUUUUGCGGACUUUACUGUAGUAUAAUGUAGUAUUUACUGUAGUGUUUGUGCGGACUUUACUGUAGUAUACUGUAGUGUUUACUGUAGUGUUUUUGUGGACUUUACUGUAGUAUACUGUAGUAUUUACUGUAGUGUUUUUGUUUUAUUAUCUUUGACUUAGAAGUGGAGGCUUUCUCAUUGAGGAAACCUAUUGGACAAAUACUAAAAGAGCACAUUUUCCAUAACCUGUAGGUAGGACUAGAGUCUGAAUGGAGAGUUCAGAGCUUCUGCGAUUUUCUAUAACCUGUAGGGAAAACAAUAUAUGGUCUAUACUUGGCAUAUAUGUUUUCUCAGUCAUGGGUGGCUCAAAUUGGGAUAUGGGUAGGAGAAUGGGUGGGGUAUAUGCAAAUUAAAUACUGCAGUAUUAGUAUAGUAAAACCAAACUGUAGUGUUUCUACAGUAUACAACAAAAUGAUAUAGUAAGUAGACCUAUUAUACAUGAUGGAGGGAUACUACAGUGUGGAGUAUAGUAUUCUACAUGAGUUUAUUAGUCACAUGCACAGGGUCGCACUGUAAUUGCAGGGUACAGUGAGAUUCUUAAGCUCCAACAGUGCAGGUCAAAAAGAGAAGUGAAUGAAACAAUAAUAAAAAGAAGAAGAAUAUCUACAGUAUACUACAACAUUCUAUAGUAAGCAAUACACGAUCGAGUGGUACUACAGUGUGUAGUAUAGUAUUUUACAGUAUACUACAUUUUACUAAAUAAUGAUAUAGUAUUCUAUAGUAAACUGUAGUCUUUUUUCAUGUGGGUGCAAUCAUUCUCUCCCCCCCUCUCUCUCUUUCCCUCCCUCCCUCUAUCCCUCCCUCCAUACAGUCUGUGUGUCAAGGUGUGGGGCCCCCGGGUUCCCAGGUGUCUCUGGAGGAGCAGGCCUACCUGCUGCUGACUGACCCAGAGAGACAGACCAUGGGCUACUACCUGAAGGAGUACCAGGAGGGACACAUCGGCCUGGAGCCCCUCACCAUGGCCCUGUUUGAGCUCUUCAACACCCAUGCCAAGGUAACGCACGCCUGCUGGGACAGCACAUCUGGUUGUGCGUCCCAAAUGGCACCCUAUACUCUAUAUAGUGCACUAUUCGGCUCUGGUAAAAAGUCGUGCACUAUAUAGGGAAUAGGGUGGCAUUUGGGACACACCCUGGGUGCCUGGUUCAUCUUAUGGUCGAUCUUUUUCUCUCUUGAUAAUGGUAUCUCCACAACUGUUGAUAACAUUUUCAUUUCAUGUACACACGGUCACUCAUCCAAAAUGCCCAUACAUGUUCUCUAGGUUCCUGGUCUCAGUUGUUCAUCCACUCUCCCGCCUGGCUUCUCUCCAGUUCUCUUUGUCAAAGGAGACCUGAUGAAAACAUAGUGCUCAGAACGGUGUCUUAUAAAUUCCCAUGGAAGCAUAACGCAGUGUGCCGAUUCCCCUUCUCACCUUUUAUUUGACAACUCAAAAUGGCCACUAGUCCACUCAAAAUGGUCACCAGUCCACUCAAAAUGGCCACUAGUCCACUCAAAAUGGCCACCAGUCCACUCAAAAUGGCCACUAGUCCACUCAAUAUGGCCACCAGUCCACUCAUUAUGGAAUCAUUAACUUGAGUGAAACCCAUUCUACUCAUUCUAAUUCUAUGCUCCUGUCCUCCCUCCAGUUGUCCCUGCUGUCUGAGGUGCGUAGUCUGGUGGCUCCCCAGGAACGGGAGCUGUAUGAUGGGCUGGUGCUGCACCGCGAGAGGGAGGCUCUGAAGGCCUGGCACAGAGGAAUAGGAUCCCAACACCCUGCACACCCACACAGCCACUGUCUACACACUGAGCCCUCAGCCAGCCACAGCCACUCCAACCCGGCCACUCUCUACUCUUUCAAGGUAGGAGGAACAGUGCAAGAUGGAGGGACUUAUAGGUGUGUUCCUAUAGGAUGGUUCUAGAAUAUUCAAAGUGUGUGUGUGUGUGUUCAUUGGUGUGUGCAUGGGUGCAUGUUUGCGUGCCUAUUUAAGUCUAAGUAUAUGGUGCCUGUGUGUGUAUACUGUGUGUGUGUGUUUCCUCCUGGCAUCUUUUCAAUAUUUUCUCUCAUCUUUCAUCAAUUGGAAGUGCAUUCUGACUGUUGCCAGUGUCAAAUGAAACGGAGCAGUGACUUCAGAUGAGAUUUCUGAGCAGCAGUGUUCUGUAGCACUGAUGUGGCCUGGACCAGCUGAAUGGGACCUCAUUCUGCCAAGGCACAGUCACUCUAACAAAACACUAUAACACACUGUAACCAUCCAACUGAGUCUGAGACCCGGCCACACUUUAAUAUGAACUGAUGAAACAGGGUUUGUAUCCACAAUGGCACCCUUUUCCCUAUUUAGUGCACUACUUUUGACCAUACCCAUAUGGCUCUGGUCAAAGUAGUGCCCUAUAUACGUAAUAGGGUGCCAUUUUCUCCAACAAAGCAGAGAUUAUUCAGCGGUGAACCAGCGGGAUUUGAAACCAUUGUGAGGAGAGAUUAUCUUUAAGAUGACUGAGAGCUGAACCCAAGGAUGUCUUUUGUGCUCAGCAGUUGUUCAUGUUAUUGUGCGUGCGCGUGUGCGUGCGUGAACGUGGGUGUGUGCAUGUGUAUGACAGUUUCCCCAUGGUCCAAGGUGACAGUGUUGCUGUCUGUUUUCUAUGGCUGGCUGGUUGCCAUGGCUGGCUGGUUCUGCUGAGCUUGUCCACUCUGUGCUUGUAUAAUUGGUUGUGUUGACAUCAUCAUUACUAUAGCUGUAAAAUCACACCCUUAGUUAGCAAGUAAUUGCAGUUAAUUUAUAUUGUAUGCGCUAAAUUAACUUCCUGUGUUAAUGGUUAAUUGAGGUCUUUAGUCACGGUUAAUGGUUAAUGUUUCAGCACAUUAUUGUCUCACAACAUUGUACUGGGAGGCAGGUCAGUGAGUCUAUGACUGGGCCUGUUUAUUUUGAACGAUAAAAUCUAAAUCAAAUCAAAUUGUAUUGGUCACAUUCACAUACUUAGCAGAUGUUAUUGCAGGUGUAACGAAAUGCUUGUGUUCCUAGCUCCAACAGUGCAGUAGUAUCUAACAAUUCAGUAGUAUCUAACAAUUCAGUAGUAUCUAACAAUUCAGGUGAAAUACCAGGUGAAGUCAUAUUAAUGUAACACAGCAAACCUUGUGUCUCUGUCUCUCUUUCAGCAGGAGUGCUCACAUGGUGACAGUGUACAGCAAGAUCCAGGGGCAAGCACUAAUGUCCUACCUGACGUUACAUUGGUGAGUCUGUACAUGAGUUUGAGAUAGUUUCAGUCUGAUCUAAAUCAUAGUCAGGUUUUAUGAUGUGCAGCAGAGGCAAAUUAUACUUAAAUGCCAAUGUUUUUGAACAAUGCAUUUUAAAGGUGAGGCGUGACACUCUCUCCAUCAAAAAAACUACAUUUGGUGACCUUCCUCAGACAGACUGAGUUUGUACAGAGUUUGUUUGUAAAAAAAGUAUGUACAAACAAUGUCCCUUUUUGUUUCUAGAAUGAAGUGCAGUCUACAGCUGCGUCUCCUCCGUCCUUCAAGCCUCCUCCUCCCCCCGGACUCGGACAGACCCAGCCCAGACACCCCAGGGACAGGGAGAGGGAGCAGUCCAAGCGCCCCUUAUCCAGACACUCCCAAUCUGGCCUGCUCUUUACUGCACCCACCAGGCUGCACAAGGAAUGUCACCACAAACACCUUAAAGCCUUCCAAAUCUUCUCCAACCACCAAAUGUCCACCUCCCCUAGCUCUGGCCUCCAUCACACCUGUCCCAACCCUGGCCAUCAUAACAGCUCCAACCUUGGCCAUCAUAACACCCCCAACCCUGGCACUGGCCAUAGUGUCUAUCCAACCUCUGGCAAUCACACAUCCAUGAACUCUCUUCACCACACUUGCCAAAACUCCCUCAACAUCUCCACAACUACCUCCCCCGACCUCCACACCCACCAAACCCACCACGGCUUUCCCAGCUCCGGCCACCAUACCUGCCCUGGCUCCCUUCACCCCAAGCCCUCUGGUUCUCAGAACAAGGAGACAUUCAUCAAGCAUCCCAUCUUCAGAUCCUGCUCCCAUGAGAAGCCUGCUUCCUCCUCUAAGACUAGCUCCCCAUGUCUCUCUCCCUGUCCCUCCCCUGGUCUCUCCCCAUGUCUGUCCCCCUGUCCCUCCCCCUGUCCUUCACCCUGUCCCUCUCUCUCUGUGCUGGGUCCUCCCCCAUGUAGUCCAGACAGGCUCUGCUCCCCCUGCUCUCCCUCCCUCAGCCAGAGAGGUUUGUGUGUCAUGGCAGACGCACACAGACUGACUGCUGAGGUCAGGCCCGAGCCCCUGCAGAGAGGUAAAGAUCAAUGUGUGUGUGUGUGUGUAUCUGUGCCUGCGUGUGUCUGUGUGCUUGCCUGUGUAUGGCUUUACAUAUAUAAUCUAAUCUACUUUCCUCUGUGUAUCCAGGCACCACAUUGUCCCAGCUGUCAGACAGUGGUCAGACUCUGAGUGAGGACAGUGGGGUGGACAUCGCUGAGGCAGGAGGGCUCAGUAAAGACAGCAGUCCUCAGCCCACUAAGAACCAGGCCAGCCAGGCCACACAGGGGCCCCAGGGGGCCCAGGGGUCUGCAGUACUGACAUCCAAACAGGUGAGGGCCACCAAGGGCCCAUAUCACAACAGAAACAACAUGGUUGAGUCUCAAAUGGAAUCCUAUUCCCUUUAUAAUGUAGUGCACUACUUUUGACCAGGGCUCAUAUGGCUCUGGUCAAAAGUAGUGCACUAUAUAGGGAAUAGGGUGCAAUUUGGGACGCACACCAUGACAUUCAUAAAUCUCUGAGUUUCAGGACACUCUGUUUUGCCUUUUCACAAAUUCAUGGUUUGCCCCACUUGGUAAUAACACUGAAAGAAAUACAAAAAGCAUAUUUUAUUAAAGAACACUCAAUGCCGUCCAUUAGCCUUAGUGUUUAUCUUGUAUUUUAGUCCUCAUUGUAUGUCUUUAUUCUAUGUCCUUAUUCUAUGUCUUUAUUCUAUGUCUUUAUUCUAUGUCUUUAUUCUAUGUCCUCAUUCUAUGUCUUUAUUCUAUGUCUUUAUUCUAUGUCCUUAUUCUAUGUUCUUAUUCUAUGUCUGUCACGCCCUGACUCUGGGGACUCUUAUUUGUUGAGUCAGGGUGUGACUUUCUAUGUUGUGAUGUUCUAUGUUGUAUUUUCUAGGUUUAGAUCUAGUACGUCUAGAUCUAUGUUGGCCGGUGUGGUUCCCAAUCAGAGGCAGCUGUCGCUCGUUGUCUCUGAUUGGGGACCAUACUUAGGCAGCCUAUUGGCACUAGUGGGUUGUGGGAUCUUGUUCCGUGUUAGGUAUGUUUUUUGUGUACCUUGGACUUCAUGUUUCAUUUCUUGUUUUGUCGUUGUGUUUAUAAGUCAAAUAAACAUGUAUGUAUAUCACGCUGCGCCUUGGUCUGACCCGUUCAUGAACGAUCGUGACAAUGUCGUCAUUCUAUGUCUUUAUUCUAUGUCCUUAUUCUAUGUCUUUAUUAUAUGUCCUUAUGCUGUCUUUAUUCUAUGUCCUUAUUCUGUCUUUAUUCUAUGUCGUCAUUCUAUGUCUUUAUUCUAUGUCUUAUUCUAGGUCUUUAUUCUAUGUCCUUAUUCUAUGUUGUCAUUCUAUGCCCUUCUUCUAUGCCCUUAUUCUAUGCCCUUAUUCUAUGUCUUUAUUCUAUGUCCUUAUUCUAUGUCCUUCUUCUAUGUUGUCAUUCUAUUCCCUUCUUCUAUGCCCUUAUUCUAUGCCCUUAUUCUAUGUCUUUAUUCUAUGUCCUUAUUCUAUGUCCUUAUUCUAUGUUGUCAUUCUAUGCCCUUAUUCUAUGUCUUUAUUCUAUGCCCUUAUUCUAUGUCCUUAUUCUAUGUCCUUAUUCUAUGUUGUCAUUCUAUGUCUUUAUUCUAUGUCUUUAUUCUAUGCCCUUAUUCUAUGUCUUUAUUCUAUGUCCUUAUUCUAUGUUGUCCUUCUAUGUCUUUAUUCUAUGUCGUCAUUCUAUGUCGUCAUUCUAUGUCGUGUUGUGUGCCCUACAGCAUCCUGGCUCUCCAGUACCCAUACCUACUCUGGUACGUGUGGUAAAGAAUGCCAACACUCUGGGCAUCGCUAUAGAGGGAGGGGCAAACACACGGCAGCCACUGCCACGCAUCGUCACCAUACAGGUGAGAGAGAGGUCGAGUCCCAAAUGGUCAUCUAUUCCCUAUGUAGUGCACUACUUUUGACCAGGGCUCAUGGGGGUCCAUUUAAAAGUAGUGCACUUGUAUAGGGAAUAUCUAGAUGAUUCUGCAUCAGCUUAUCAUACUGUAACAUUUAGGAUAACUUUGAACAUGAAUGUAGUAUGAAGACUACACAUGGCUUUUGUACUGUGAUGUCUGUAAAUAGUAAGAACCACGCCCUUCUAUGUGAAUGUAGAACCCCCAUGUUGUGCCUAAUGGUCUGCGCAUACUGAUACGUAUUGUAGUGUUAAUGAGUGCAAUAUGGAUUACAGCAAGCAUCAAACAUGACAGAGAUAUUAUCAUUUUCUCUUUCAUCUUAAAUGUGAGCAUCUGUUUAUGUGCGUAAUAACAGCCUAUAUUUGCAUUGAUAAUAAUUUCAAAGCAGGUCAAGGAAUCUCUCCAGGGGAUGUUUAACUUUGUUGAAGAAAGUUUUCGGCCACCUGGUUAGUGUCAGGGUCUUGGGUGAUCUAGGUCACCAGGAUGCUGUGGACAGGUGUGGACAGGUGUGACGACUGAAGUGGACCUACAUUCCAACAUGAUUAAUAUUUUGUGUUCAUUUAACAACAAUUUAUCUACAAGUACAGCAUGCAUUUUCAUAUUAUACACUGCUUCCCAAAUGGCACACUAUAGCAUAGAAAGUCCACAACUUCUGAGCUGAGGGCUCUGGUUAAAGACAUACACUACAGUACAUAGUGCAGUGAAUAUGGUGCUAUUUGGAACACAUAAUGAGUUUCUGCAGUCUUUUAUGUGCUGAACAUCCUUAUGCCUAAUUCAGACUGACGAGAGAUGAAGGAGAGUCUGAUUGAGGGCUUUGCGUGACAGUGCAGUGAUUUCCAUAAGAAUGAUUCCUCACGAGCAGCCCCCCAUACAUCUCUGUAGUCCAAUAGAGUCCUGAUGGUGUCCCAGUCAUUUACAGGCCCAUCAUCAAACUGACAUGGCACAGAUACUACUGCCUCAUUAGACCAAUUAUGUUUCACCACCAUCAGUCUGAUUAAAUAACAGUCCAUUUUCUGUGUCCCAAAUGGUAUCCUAUUCCCUAUAUAGUCCGUUUAUAGUCCCUAUGGGCCAUGGUCAAAAGUUAUAGAGGGAAUACGGUGCCAUUUGAGAUGCAGACUUUUGGUCGGCCCUGAAUCAUCAUACGAGUUAUUGUAAGUGACAUUGUUGAAGAGGUUAUGUCAGGAUAGGACAGCCAGAGAAUAGAAAGGGGAUUUGACUGUUUGACUUCCUGAACGAUAUGGAGCAUUUACACAUUUGGUAAGUUGGUGCCAUAAGAAUAUUAUAAAGAUAAUUUUAAGGAGAAGAAGUGGUCACGCAAUGGAAUGCCAUAACAUGCACAGCCAAUUUCAAGUCUAUGCAGCAGCUGUUGUAUAAUGCUAGAGUGCCAUCUCUUUCUAAAGAGUAAACAUUGUUAGUUGGUUGGAAUACUUCCGCUGUCCUGAUGUGUCUGUCCUGAUGUGUCUGUCCUGAUGUCUCUGUCCUGAUGUGUCUGUCCUGAUGUGUCUGUCCUGAUGUGUCUGUCCUGAUGUGUCUGUCCUGAUGUGUCUGUCCUGAUGUCUCUGUCCUGAUGUGUCUGUCCUGAUGUGUCUGUCCUGAUGUGUCUGUCCUGAUGUCUCUGUCCUGAUGUGUCUGUUCUGAUGUGUCUGUCCUUAUUUUGCCUGACAGACAGGAGUCCACCUGGCACAAAGCGCUAUGUCAUUCUUCCCUUCACUCUCUACCUCUACCACUACCUCUACCUCUACCUUUGUACUUUGUCUCUCACCUUUCCUUGAAUCCACAACAAUGCUCUCCUCUUUUCUCUUCCCUUCGUAUCUUCUCUCUCUUUAGCAAGGACACAUCCUGUCUACACAUCCUGUCUGCACAAAGUGAUUAUUUAUUUUAUGUUUCUUUCUCUCUCUCUCUCUGUCUCUCUCUCUCUCUCUCUGUCUCUCUGUCUCUCUCUCUCAUAGAAGGGGGGCUCGGCACACGGUUGUGGGCAGCUGAAGGUGGGUCAUGAGAUUUUGGAGGUGAAUGGGGUCUCCCUGAGGGGUAGGGAGCACCGGGACGCUGCUCGCAUCAUCGCUGAGGCCUUCAAGAACAAAGAGAGGGACCACAUUGACUUCCUGGUCACCGAGUUUAACACAGCCCUACUGCAAGGCCUUUAG